UACGUGCGUCGGAACGACUCUGCCUGUGGUUCCGUUUUCCGCUGGUGCCUAUUUGAGCGUUGGACCAGAACCGGAACGCUUUGGAGGACGGACCGCAGAGGUUGUCUGAAGGCCGAGGCCAAGAUGGCGGCGCUGUCGGCUCCUGGCCUGCUCUCUGUGCGGACCCUGGGCCUACGCUCCAACAUUGGCACAGUGGCCCAGCUGCGCAGAGUCCAUCAGAGUGUGGCCACUGAGGGCCCAAGCAGCACACAGUCAGCCUUGUCCAAGGCUGGAGCUGGAGCUGUGGUCGCCAAGCCUUCCCACCUUCCCAGAAGCCGGGCUGAGUAUGUGGUGACCAAGCUGGACGACCUCAUCAACUGGGCGCGCCGGAGCUCCAUGUGGCCUAUGACCUUCGGCCUGGCAUGCUGUGCGGUGGAGAUGAUGCACAUGGCUGCGCCACGCUACGACAUGGACCGCUUUGGCGUGGUGUUCCGUGCCAGCCCACGCCAGGCUGAUGUUAUGAUUGUGGCUGGCACCCUUACCAACAAGAUGGCCCCUGCACUCCGCAAGGUCUACGACCAGAUGCCCGAACCCCGCUACGUAGUGUCCAUGGGGAGCUGUGCCAACGGCGGCGGCUACUACCACUACUCCUACUCAGUCGUCCGUGGCUGCGACCGCAUCGUGCCAGUGGAUAUCUAUGUGCCAGGUGAGGCCGCCCUGCCUGCCACACCAGCCUGCUCUCCAGGCUGCACAGCCAGUCCGGGUAGGGGACCUUCCUGCCCCCCGUGCCCUGCGGGGCAGACAGACAGAUGUGCCACGCGUUGCCCUUUAUGCAGACCUCUCUAGGAGCGGUGGGUGUGCUGGCUCCCGGCCCUGGAGGGCCUCGACUUUGCGAGAGCAGGCCUCUCAGCAGUCUCAGUCCGUGUGCUCCCUGGCCACUGCCCCCAGCAGGGCUCUCUUGUCAGCAGACUGCUAGGCAGCAGGGACAGUUGAACAGGAGGACAGGGCUUGGGGUGCAGUCCUUUGGCGCAAGCCUCUCUGCAUAUCUCUCUGACCAAGUAGUCUAGUUUCUGUGAGUACCUUGCUAAGGAUCAAGCUGGUCACCAGAGUCACAAUCUGGGCUCUGCUCUCUGGAGCCACAGACAGCUCAGGGAGAGAGUCAGGAGGCCCGGCACAGCAAGGAACCUUGUCCCUUCCACACCAACCCCAGGGUCUCCCGAGAACCCUCCUUGAGGCUGGUAGAGGCAUCUGUGUGUCCCCAGGCUGCCCGCCCACGGCAGAGGCACUCCCUCCCAGGGUCCCCUGAGAACCCUCUGGGUGGGCUGGUAGAGGCAUCUGUGUGUCCCCAGGCUGCCCGCCCACGGCAGAGGCGCUCCUCUAUGGCAUCUUGCAGCUGCAGCGGAAGAUCAAGCGGGAACAGAGGCUGAAGAUCUGGUACCGCAGGUAGAGCCGCCAGGCUGAACACGAGAACCCCGGAAUCCCAGUGUGAAUAAACCCACCCUGACCCAA